AUGGGUUCUUUCCUCUCAUCCGAAGCCCCCCCUCCCCGUUCAGCCAAAAACUACAUCCUUUCCUUUCCAGAGGAGGACUUCCCCGAAGAAGCAAGCAUAACCCCUGAGGAUGUACAAGACUGGUAUUCCCACUUCUUCGAAACCUUGUUCUGCAUCCCCCACAAGAACGGCCAAAGCAUACUUAUUCUGGAAGCGCCCAAUGAUUUUAUCGAGGACUCGCGAGCAAGGCCCGGUUGGGCGCGCAAACGCCUAAGGGGAGCGUAUGAAAUUCUUGGAGAGGGACACCCCAGGAUCGUCCGCUAUCUUGGGCCAUCGGAAAGCGACAUUGGCGUCAUUGUCGAGAGGCUCGAGCCUGGGCCUAUUGACUGGACCUCGCUUCCAGCACUGACUGUGCCUCUCCCGCAAGACUUGUCAGAAAACGAUCGCUUGCUGCUGAGCCUGUAUUACCGAUGGGCAUUGCAGACGCUCUCAGCGUUGCAAUUCGCCCACUCGCGAUCCGUCUUCAUUCGAAAUUUUUGCUCGGAGCUUGUGUGGCUACGGUCGGAUUUCUCGCUCGCAAUCACGGGUUUCCUUGCUGCCUCGGCACCGCAGAUUGAGGAGGAAAACAGGCAGGAUGGUAUUGCUUACGCGAGGGAGCGCCUGGAGGAUCCUGAGCACCCGAACCCGAUCGAGCUAGAAGAGUUUGAUCGUAAGGUUAGGGAGGAAGGGUAUGCACCGUGGCCGUUCAGUGAGGGCGAGUGGGUUAUAGAUGGGAGUGUGGGCGAUGCUAUCUACGAAGGAGAAGAGGAGCAUGGGAGCGUGAAAGAAGACUUGUACUAUUGGGCUAUUUUCGUCAAAUACCUCGUCAACAACGUCUUCGCAGAUGCAUCAGCGUUGCAAGAUGAGGCGCCCGAGGAAAUUGAAGAUGCACGCCUGGGCACCAUUAUCGCCAAUGCUGAGAGCGGUCGCUAUAGGGACGCUGCUGAGGUUAUGAAAGACGUCAAAGCCGUUGCUGCAAAGAUGGGAAUCAAGACUGUGGGUGAUGACGAGGUCGAUAUUGAUGGUGAGUGGGAAGAUGUCUUUGAGGUUUGUGAUAGGCAAUUGCGUUUCCGCGGGGAGGAAUGA